UUACCGAGGUUAUAUCAAGGAGAAUAGAAAAUUGGCUCUCCCCCGGCUCGCAGUGGCAUGCAAUCUUGCUGGGAACUUGAAAUGCCAUUUAAUCAGUUCGAUUGGCACGGUUUAACUUCGCUUCUUCGCUUCUGAAGUCAACGAGGAGCUAUACAUGAAUUUAGUUACACGAAGCAGGCAGAUUUAUGAGGUUGCAGUUACAAACUAAGCGGCCUUGUGCAAAGCAGUCGAGUUGGUUGAAGUUCUCCCAUUGCGCAAUUAUUAAUCAGCUCGUUAAUUCUAUUCAAUAAUUAGUGUUCACAAAACAAUUUUGAGGAUUUCAUUAGUCAAGAACGCAACCGAGAGAUGGCAGCCGAAAUGCAAGAAAACCACGGGUGAAUGCGAACUCUGCAUUUCAAGAAAACACACAGGACUGCCAGUGAGGACUAUGGUUAUUCGCCGUUGUUAGUGAUGGAGGCUCUAAAUUUGUUCCACAGACUUGUACCUGGUCGCCAACGAAGGUAUCGUCUUCGUUCCAAGGAAAACGUAAACCGAAGCAUGGACAGCAUUUUAGAUCGACUUGACGGUUCGAAACGACGAGCGACUUACCCAAAUUCUGAGCUGCGGGCUGUCAAGAGGCUGAAAACCGUGAAAAUGUCGUCGAAUGGAGUGGCAGUGGCGAAGGUACUCGAGCAGAUCCAACUCGUGCAGGGUAUGAUAGACAUGAACGCUUCCAGCUUGAACAGUCUCCGAACACAGUUUUCCACCAACAGCGACUUGAUCCAGCAAGAAAUUCGCACCCUCGAGGGAAAGCUGGUAAAAUUGUUUUCACGACAAUUAGUUGCCAAGCAGAAGUGUAAUGAAGAUUGGAACCACAACGAGAAACUCCGUUAUUAUCCUAAACUGGAACAGUGGCUUCAAGUCGUGGGAAUCAAUGAGGAGGCAAUCAAGAAUUUGGAAGAGAAGUGUAGUACUGUGGAAGGCCUCUUAUCGUUAUCUGAUGAGAAAGUUAAAGCUAUGCUUGAGAACUAUGCUGAUGGACAAGAAGAAAGUAGAAGGUUGAUUGCUGCACUGAAACAUCUUCAGGCCUACACAGAACGUCAGAAACAGGGCCAUAAAGACAGCACAUCAGAUAUUUACUGGGAUUCUUGGGACACUGGCAAAACACGAGAAAAGAGCACCAGCCUUUCCAUCAGUCCUUCAAAGCGGUCAUCAUGCUCAUCAGUCACCUUGGACAGUGAUGCACCGUUAUCAUCCCCAAGCUCAGAUGCAGGCACAGAAAGCUCCAGGCUGUCGACAUUGUCUACCAGUGACACUGAUGGUGGCCUCAGUCCCAAGCACAAUCCUCAGCCACCUUACUUCAUGAAGAGAAGUGUCUCUGAUGAUGCAAAUUUAGGGAACAGAAUAUUUAUCCACAGUGAAAAUCCAAAUUUAACUGUUGGGAAAAAGCGUGGAGGAAAGCUUGAACCUGUUACACCUCUCACUAUAGAGAUUCCAAAAAGCACAAGUGGUGACAUCUCACUUCAUUCCCAGUCUGAUUCUGAGUCAGAUCAUACUGCAAGUUCCCAUACAAUAGGUUCUCCAUCUAGGUUUGUUACUCACUAUGGUAUGGGGCAUACAAUAAAACACAGGUUUUCUCAGAAGACAUUUAUGGUUAGCUUGGCGUGUGAUUAUUGCCAUAAACUCCUUUUGGUUGGCAAAAAGUGCAAAGAAUGCAAGCUUAAAUUUCACAAGAAAUGUGCUAAGUUGGCUCCUCCUGCAUGUGGGCUGCCAAAGGGGUGUGGAGACUUUUUUACUGCUCAGCUUCGGAGAGCCAUGAAUUAUAGCUCUUUGCCUAUGAUACGUCCUCGUGUAAAGAGAACAAACUCAGAGCCAUCCAGCAUUGCCCUUCAAGUUGAGAGAUCCAUGCACGAACAUGGCAGGUUGAAUGCCAAUCGUAGCCAUGGUGAUUUGAAUACAGUUGACCACAAAUCAUGGUCUGCGGGCAUUCGCAAUGAGAUUCCUUCUCAGUUUAUCAAAGGAACAAGUGGGGCAAGUGGAACAAGUGGAGACUCAUGCUCUACAUCAUCAUCUACAUCAUCACCGCCAUCAUCGCCUCUUCCAGCAAAUUCAGCCAGCGCCAGCCUGUCGGCACAAGAAGAGCUUGAUCAGUUUCCAGAAUCACAUUUUUCUUUCAAAGAUGUAUCAAGUAUGACAUCUUCCUUGCAGAGUGAUGAAAUGAUUGACUCAACCAGCACAUUGGUGAGGACAGAAAGUGUGAAAUCACGGCAAAGCAGCAACACUACAACAAGCAAUGAUUCAACAUUGUCAGGAGAGGAUGUUCCAAGUAUUGAGUCUCUAGACAGUCAAAUCUCUGAUGUAGACCCUGAGAGCAAAACAUGGGGCAGGAGAAUGGUCAAGGUUGGAAAAGCGUACAUGCUUUGGGACUUACAUCAAAGAGGCAGCUUGAUGUCUGAGUGGGUGAUACCAUUUGAAGAGUUGGCGAUCGCAUGGAGUCCUCUAGGCAGUGGCAGAUUUGGAAAAGUUUACAGGGGCCACUGGCACGGCGAAGUGGCAGUCAAGAUGAUCGAGAUUGAGAAUCCAACAGAAGAACAGCUCAACGCCUUCAAGUUCCAAGUUGGGACAUUUCGAAAGACUCGCCAUGAAAACGUCGUGCUAUUCAUGGGCGCGUGCAUGGAUCCGCCAAAACUCGCUAUCAUAACCAGUAUGUGCCGUGGAUUUUCUCUUUACACACACAUACAUGUGAGAAAGGAUAACCUUCCACUGCCCAAAAUCGCGCAGAUUUGUACUCAGAUUUCUCAGGGGAUGGGAUAUCUUCAUGCUCGAGGCAUCGUACACACUGAUCUGCGUUCAAAGAAUGUAUUUCUGGAGUUGAAUAAUCGCGUGGUGAUCACUGAUUUCGGCCUAUUCAGUGUAGCUGGCCUGACCACCAAGUCGGUCAGACCAGGGAUGCUGAUGAUCCCAGAAGGAUGGCUGCCGUAUUUAGCUCCUGAAAUUCUUCGCUCGCUGACGACGCAACAAGACGCGCCUGAUUCGUCGCAGUUCACCUUUGCAACCGAUAUGUACGCCUUCGGGACUGUUUGGUACGAGAUGUGUUCUGGCUCAUGGCCGUUCAAGAAACAAAUUCCUGAAGCCAUUAUUUGGCAAGUGGGCAAAGGAGUGAAACAAUCACUAGCGAAUGUGGAUGUUCCACGGGAGGUCAAGGAUACUUUGACAGUUUGCUGGGCGUUCGAAGCAGAUAAUAGACCCACUUUCAGCAAUUUACUGAGAACGUUAGAAAGACUACCUAAAAUAAGACAACGGUUACACAGAAGUCCGUCCCAACCUUGUACUGUGGGAAGAGGGGCUGAGGCGCUUAUUUGAAGUGAAUAGUAGACUCAAGGAAAGGAGGGAAAACUUCGCUGUCUUUCGCUUAACCUCGUUUCCAAGAUCCGGGAUGUAAGAAGAGCCUGGGAAUGAGAAUACCGGCACUGACUGCUAGAGGAUAGUUCAGUGUGUCACAAACGAGUUUGCAGGAAGCGACUUGAAUUGAAUUAAUGAAGUGCCUAUUUCAUAACUGCGGCGCUGUUUUCUCUUGACAUUUUAAGCCAAGAUGAGCGUCAAAUUUCUCCUUAAUGUUGUCGAUACAUUUCAUUAAUUCCCUUUAGGAGAAUUUGGUUGGGCGGGAAAUUGUGGUGUGAUCGUCCUCUUAAUUACCUGCCAAUUGUAAUUUAUUAUAGGAAGGUUUGGAGAAGUUAGUAGUUGAUUACUGAAGGCAAUCAGUGUAUUUCUUCGUUGGUGAGAUGUCAAACGAAAGCAGGUGCUUUUUGAGUGAACAAUGGUUAGGUUUCACUGUUCUCUUGCCAUUCCCGGCUGGUUUGGGUUUGAGCAGCCAGACUAGUAUUCGGUGAAAGCUUAUUCAGGAAAAAUUGUUUUUGAAAAAUUUAUUGGCCCUAGCCUUCGACGUCCGACAGGAUUAUAAAGUUGUAUCAAUGUUCACAGAAGUGCUCGUGCAGAGUUCUUUUCAUAAGCCAUCGCUUCUGUUCCGUGAGAAAAAAAAUUGUAAAUAGAUCAAGAUUGAAUGUACCUCCUUAUGAGAUGAACCUCUGUACCACGCGAAAAGAAAUAUUUUCUUGUAGUUUCGUUCUUUCCUUUUAUGACUGCUUCGUAGAAUUUUCCUGGAAGUAUUGCUUCAUCCACAACAAAGUUUGAAAGAGUUUUAAAAUUAGUUUUAUUUACGUUGUGUGAGGAAACAAACGCUGCUGUUUUGGCGCCCCACUUCUUGCACUCUCUGAGCCUAAAAUUCGAGCGACACAUUGUAUUCUGAUGGCGCAUUACUACAGGUUAGGGAAACGUGCUUUAAAUCUCUUUCUCGAUAUCAAUUCUCAGUUCAGAUUCUUUUGUCAACUUGUAUGUGAUGCGUUCACUGGUGUGGUCGGUAAUUAAGCAGUCAUUUUCUGUUUCAGGAAAUACGAGAGUAAUUUUCGCCAAGAGGAAUCGUUGAUAACGUGAUAGAGAAUCUUGCUAACUCAAAACGUGUCUCAAAUGAUCAAGAAAAUUCAGGUCUGCUACGUGUGCAAAUGUUUCAGGUAAUUUUGUUUUUAAAAUUAUGAAUUAAUUACGGGCGGGGAAAAUAAUUGUAAGAAAAUAGUGUCUUCAGCUAAGGCCCGUGGUCUUAAGAAAAUUUAAUUUAUCUUAAAACAAAAUAAAACAAUACAAAAGAAUUGACCAAAUCUGAAUGCAGGUCAUAAUGCUAAAGUGUGCCUUGUAUUGGGACUUCAUUCCUUGGUACGCAGUCUUAUUAUCCCUGUUCUGUACCACUUCCAAAAACGCAAGACAGUUUAACCGCAAACUUCAAAUCUUUGUUAAAGAAGGGAUAUAGCAUGUAGGUCUGUAGUACUGCUCUUAAGCUGACGUCUAACGCGGACGCCUCCUGUUUAACUUUACCUCCUUUUUGGUGUAGGACAUCCCUGCCUGUGGAAGGUGGGUUAAAGCUUGUACUGAGCGUGUCCAAUCACCAAUAUAUAUGUACUCCUUGUGAAUUUUCGUGUCAAGAAUGAGGAUGAAUUUCAGGGUACCAUGUACAUCCGUUUGAAUUGUAGAUAUCAUUUUGUAUCUUACAUCGAGCCCUGUUCAGGGAUGUAAAUAAGUUUGUUGGAGUCGACCUACUCCAGCUAAAGAGAAAUUGUACAGUUUUAAGAGAGCAAGGUUUGCAUGAUUUGUAAUGUAAUAUUUUCUUCCAGAUCAGUGAAGCGCUGUGUUAAAUCUCGUAAAUUAUUAGUUACAGUUUGCAGUCUGUCCUUUAACUCUUUCAGUCCCAAUCUCUGAAUAUUAAAUAAGUUUGUCUUACUGGU